CAGUGUCCUCACAGAUUCACGCUGAUCCAGACUCACAUAGAUCUGUUGCUGCUGGUAAUGAAGAUGACAGCUGGUAAUGAAGAUGAAGGUGUCAGAGCUGCUCCUCGUCCUCUUCUGUGCCCUCUGUAUUUGUGCUGAUGUUGUUCAUGAAGACAUUAAGUUUGGUGGUUGUUCAGACUCUGAUGCAGAAGAAAUGUUUGGACUGGAGGGUGAAGAGCAGUGGUACGCAGACUUCGUCAACAACAGAGGAGUGGACGCUCUACCUGACUUUGUAGAUCAUUUUACCUUCCCAGGACUUUAUGAAUUCGCUUUGAGUGAGCGGGAACAGUGCAGACAGAACCUGAAAAAACUCCGUGCAGCCUACAAGGACCUCCCAUUGGAACUUGAUACUCCUUCUGGUCCAGUCGUCUACCCCAGAGAUGAUGUGGAACUGGGAGAGAAGAACACACUGACCUGCUACGUGACUGGUUUCUAUCCUGCUCCUGUCAAAGUCUACUGGACCAGGAAUGGAGACAAUGUCACUGAAGGAAUGUACAACAAUGUCCCUUUCAUCAUUUCCUUCAACCAGAUCUCCAGACUGGAGUUCACCCCACAGCUGGGAGACAUCUACAGCUGUACAGUGGAACAUCCAGCCCUGAGCCAACCACUGACCAAGAUCUGGGAUGUGGAGGUGCAGCAGCCCAGUGUUGGACCGGCCGUGUUCUGUGGACUGGGCCUGACUGUCGGUCUGCUCGGUGUGGCAGCUGGAACCUUCUUCCUCAUCAAAGGAAUCGAGUGCCGCUGAUUGGUCCAGGCUGAUGAUGUCAUUUUAUAUAUAUAUUUGAAUAAUUAGUGUGCUCUUGUUUAGAAAUAAAGGUAACAUAAGCAAAGAGUUUAAACCACAAUCAGCUCUCAUAUGAUUGCCCAUGUGCUGACAAAUCUUAUUAAUUGGCUGAUAUGGAACUAUAGAUAUAGUAUAAACAGAUUUAUACAGAACAUUGCAUUCAUCGAGGGUAAUAUUAUAUAUGUUUUUCUGUAUGUGUGAGGUUAUAUGAGACAUGGAUGUCAAAGUAAUAUUUUUUUAUUAAAGGAUACUAAGACACUGCAUGG